AAGUUAUGAUAAGAGAUUAUAACCAAAACGAGUGAUUUUGAGUGAGUGAAAGAAAUCUUCACUCAUUUUGAAUCCAAUUCAAGAGUGAAAGAAGAUGGAGAAGGCAUUGAUUAAAGUUGGAAGUAUAAAAGCUGGAAGUUUUUGGGUGUCAAAGAAGGCGAAAGAAGAGAUCUCCAACAUUUCUCAAGAUCUAUCGACAUUCUCAAAUACUGUGGAAAAGAAGGCAAAAUGGGUAUUUGACAAGCUAAAAGGCAAGCCACUGAAACCAUUGCCCGAUUUCCUUAGAGAAUACAACCUUCCUCCCGGAUUAUUCCCACAAAACAUUACGUGCUACGAGUUUGAUGAGUCAAAGCUAAAGCUCGUGGUCCACUUACCCUAUCCUUGUGAGGUUUGCUUUAAGGACCAAUCGGUCGUAAGGUAUGCAACUCGGGUCAAAGGGCUUGUGUCAAGGGGAAAGUUCACAGUGAUUGAUGGAAUGAAGACGAAAGUGUUGGUUUGGGUGAAAGUAACGAGCGUGGUUGUGGAGAACUAUCGGUCUGAUAAAGUGUGGUUCACGGCUGGCGUGAAAAAAUCACGACCUAGAGAGGCUUACGAGACGCCUCGUGAUGCUACUCGAGUUGAGGAGUAUUGAAGGUCGCAAAGGGUUAUAUAUUUUUCUUGUGAUCUUGCAUUUGUGGUGUUAAUAUCUGAUGUUUAUGACCUUAUUCAUUGGUAGUUUUCUGUUAUUGAAUAAUCUUUUAUGGAAGCUUAUUAUUCUUAUGAUGAUUGCUUUCUAA